CAGCGUCCUACCCGUUUUGGAAGUCCGAAGUCCUCCGAUGAAUGCGCGUGUUAUAAUGCGUGGAUGAGGCGACUUCUAAAAUUCGGAUAUCUUCGGCCAGUGCUUAUGUAUUGCCUAAAUUAGUGAAGCGCGUCCUACUCAAAUAAUCAACAUCACCCUAGAGGACACGACAACUUGAUUAUUCUCCUCUGAAAGCUUGUAACCUGAGAUAAUUCUGACUCAGAGAAUAUUCUACUCCAUCUCACUAUCUAUAUUGAUCGCCAGCUCACCAUGGCCAAACCCACGCCACAUUAUGAAGUCAUCAUCGCUGGAGGAGGAAUAGCCGGAGUCACUCUCGCGCUGAUGUUCGAGAAACUCGGUAUAAGCUAUUUCCUCCUCGAGGGACGCGAUACUCUUGAGUCUGAUAGAGGCGCUGGUAUUGGUCUGCAGCCAAAUGGACUGCGUAUCCUAGACCAACUGGGCCUCGUUGAGGACAUCGAGAAGGCGACUAUACCCCUUGAGAAGUGGUUCUCUUAUGACAGUGAGGGUAACUUGAUGUCUGAUUCUAAUGCCAUGGGUCAAUACCGUGAGAGAAUCGGAUAUCCUGUUGCCUUUAUUGAACGCCGCAAGUUACUACCCAUCAUGGUACGACAUAUUCAGCGGACAGAAUGUGUCAAAACUUCAGCACGCGUGGCUUCAAUCGAGGAGAGCGAUGACCAUGUCACUGUGACAACAACCGACGGCUUGUCUCUUACAGCAGACAUUGUUGUUGGUGCCGAUGGCGUGCGAAGCGCUGUCCGUACACACAUUGACUCUAAAUUGCCUGAAGGAUUAACUGCGGAUGAUUACAUCAGCGUUGCCUGCUCUACCGUGUAUGGAAUGUCAGCACCUACUGAAGGCAUCGCUCCCGGUGAACGAUUUGCUGUCUACCGAGAGAAACAAACAGUCAUCGGCUUCACCGGUAAAGACGGUAUUGUAUUCUGGUUUGUCUUUGAGAACCUCGGCGAGAACGUCCCACUGUCUCAGGCCCCACGAUACACUGAAGCUGAAGCCGAGGCUCUAUGUCAAAGUGUUGCUCAUACACAGGUCACUCCAAAGUUGAAGUUUGGAGAGAUCUACAAGAACCGCGUAGUGGCGGUCAAGAUUGGUGUUGAGGAAGGUGUCGCGAAAGGAUGGCACACCGAUCGCGCUGUCAUUGUUGGCGAUGCAGCUUGUAAGACAACACCAGCUGGUGGACAAGGCGCCAACCAAGCCAUAGAGUCAUGUGCCGUCUUCGUCAACAACCUCAUGGAAGCCCGAAAGGCAUGCCAGUCUGGUGAGAAGCUGUCCAAAGAGGCUGUCAAGUCUGUGCUGGCAAGCUAUGCUCAAGAGCGAGCUCAGCCAGCUACUACAGCCCUCGAGAGAUCUCAGAUGGUUGGCAAGGCGCUCUUGUGCACCCCAGGACCUGCAACUACUCUGGUCAAGGACAUGCUGAAGCUCAGUAACGAAGAUUGGCUUCUACGUGCAUUCAUGGCACUUUCCGCUGCGCCGUACCUGGAGGAUGUCGAGCUCACGGCUAGAGGACAUCUUUACAACAGGGCUGUCAAGGAGGCACAGGAAGAGAUGGUAAGGCGUCAAAAGGUAGCGAAGGGGGUCAAGGAGGCGGAAGAAAAGGAGGAGAGUAAGCCGGCUGCGAGUAUCCAAGGCUCUGAUCAGCGAAAUGAUUUUGCGAGCCUUCGAAAUCCAGUGCAGGCAGCCACUGGAGUCGUUGAAGUUGGUUCUUAGAAUGGCUCUCAGAAGUAUUGUUCGAUAUCAAACCCAAACCAACUGUUACUCGUUACACCCAUGUCUCUCAAGCGCUUCCUGUAGGUCAGUGAUAACGCAUAACUACUCGAAACAUUCAGUUCGCA